UCUCUGCAGGUGCUUUUCUUCCUUCCAUCCAACCAAUUACAGAUUGUCAUUUCUUCCAACCCUCUUCCACCUUCUGGGCAGUCUUAAAAUCUGUCACAAUGGAGUUUGCGUUUCGGAGCUCCCGAGUGACCAGAGCAGCAUUACUGGGCAUGCUCCGUAAGGAAGGGCUGUUUGGGAACACAAACGUAGCAAGCCUUGAAGGAAGAUUUUUUUCAAGGCUUCUGCUUUCAGGAUUGGAUACAGCUUCCUGCCAGCAAUCUAUCAAGAUGUUACAGCUCCUCCCACUCACCCUACAGCCACACUUUCUCCUUUUUAUCUCUGUGCCCAAUUUUGGAGCCUGCCCUCCUUGGAUGCCCCGGCCAAUCAAGAGACCACACAUUGUUGCCUAAGAGACUCCGGAUGCCAGCGACAGGAUUUAUAGAUGGUGAUUGGACUGCUGGAAGCGGUGAGGUGGGGGCUGGAAGGAGUCACAGAAAGCUGUCCUAGUGCAACGAUGGCAACCCCAGAGCCAGAGGCUUGAAGGAGGAGGCCAGCUGCUGAGGUGUAAUCUUUCUGAUGGAAGAAUACCAGGUCAUUUCAUGAUGGCAUUUGCACCUCCAAAAAGCACUGAUGGCCCCAAAAUGCAGACAAAGAUGAGCACCUGGACACCCCUAAACCAUCAGCUGCUGAACGACCAGGUGUUUGAAGAACGAAGAGCUCUGCUUGGAAAAUGGUUCGACAAAUGGACAGACUCUCAAAGGAGAAGAAUUCUUACAGGCCUGCUAGAGCGCUGCUCCCUGUCCCAGCAGAAGUUCUGUUGUCGAAAGCUGCAGGAGAAAAUCCCAGCAGAGGCCCUGGAUUUUACUACCAAGCUUCCCCGGGUGUUAUCUGUCUAUAUCUUUUCCUUCUUGGACCCCCGGAGCCUUUGUCGCUGUGCACAGGUGAGCUGGUACUGGAAGAGCUUGGCCGAGUUGGACCAGCUAUGGAUGCUCAAGUGUCUGCGCUUUAACUGGUACAUCAGCUUCUCCCCGACGCCAUUUGAGCAGGGCGUCUGGAAAAAGCACUACAUUCAAAUGGUGGGAGAACUUCACGUCAGCAAACUCAAGACGCCUCCAAAGGAUGGAUUCAUCAUUGCCGAUGUCCAGCCCGUUUCCGGCAGUUCUCUAGAGGAAAAGCCAUCGCCUUCUUUUGCUUUGCGGUCCUCCUCCGCCUUAAGAAAGAAGACUAACCCAGGGGAGAAAGAGCUUCCACCGUGGCGAUCAUCGGAUAAGCAUCCCACUGACAUCAUCCGCUUUAAUUAUCUAGACAACUGUGACCCUGAGCACUUCUGGAAAGGAAGAAGAAAAAGAAACGAAGUGACCCCAGACUCCAAGCGGCAGUUGCGAGAGAAGAAAAACAGGCUUGAGGAGAGAGCCAGGCUCAGGAAAGCACAGUCACUGAUGUCCCUGAGUUCCCAUCCAAAAGUUCCAGUUUGUCUCGCCUGGCCUCUUCAUCUGCCAACGGGACCCUCAGAUCCUGAAGCAGCAGCUACGAUUCUCAUGGAGCACUUUCCGAAACACCCUGGGCUUCAGUCAUCCCCCUCAGAGGCGCCAGAGUUGAAGCUGACUUAAGGAUGGAAAAGGACUUUUCUAGAAAUGACAAGAGACAUGCCUGCCGUGAGCCAGAAUUUUGCCGGGUUGAAAGACAGCAUGAGGCUGUGCACCCCAGAAGAAACAGUUCCUUGUCUCUUGCCGGGGUGAAGUCAAAGGCUACCGAGGAGAGUCUGAGGGCAGAUGCCUAGAUCCAGAGAUAUUCAAAGCUGGAAGAGACUUUGGAAAGAGGCAAUAACCAAGGUGUCAGACAACCUAAGUAGCAGAUCCAGGAUGCAAGUCCAGACCUCCAAACAAUCCAGCAUUGUUUUUGGCUUUGUGGAUGUUUUAUGUAAAUAUAACCCAAGCAAGGGGAGCAGGGUGUACCAGGAAAAGAGACUUCAGGAAGAUUUCCUGUGUCUGGCUGAGCAUGGACAUUGUGGCAGGCCAUGAACAAAGGUGCAUACAGUUAUAUCUCUCCUCCACUCUCCCAUCCAAGUCCCAGACCUGGUCAUUUCCAGGACCAGAUGAGAUGGAGCAUGCUCAGGGCAAUAUGGCAGUAUCCUCUCCUGCUCCAUCCUGCUGGAGAUAAUCAAGCUGUCCUUUAGUUGUUUUUGAAAUCAUCUCUAACAGUAUCUGACUCAAUCUUCCCCAAAUUGUGAGAUACCUUAGGGCCCUACAACAAAGUUACAUAGUUACCUCAAAAUAUUUUAAUUUAUGAGACAGGGUCUUACCAUGUAAACCUGGCUGGCUUGGAACUUACUAUGUAGACUAAGCUGGCCUUGAACUCAAAGAGAUCUGCUUGCCUCUGUACCACCACACUCAGCUCAUAUUUUAUUUUAUUUAUGUAUGGAUUUGGCUUUUUUAAGACAGGAGUAUCCCUGGCUGUUCUGGAACUCACUCUGUAGAUCAGGUUGGCUUUGAAUUUAGAGAUCUGCCUGCCUCUGCCUCCUGAGUGCUGGGAUUAAAGGUGUACACCACUGUAUCUGGCCUUAUAUUUUAUUUUAUUAAUAAAUAAAAUUAACUAUUUAUUCCAAUUAACUCAAAAAUUAAAACACCACAGAACUGGUUUUAGGAAGCCAUUCAAACACUUGUCCAGUUCUUAUCUCACUUAAUGUCUCUGCAGUUAGAAUGGCGGUUGAGAAGCCAUGGAGCUUUAUGCAGGAUUUCACACACUGUUAAUCACAUUGUAUUCACUUAUGCAACACAUACACACACCACGACUGACCUGAAACUAGGUCAACAAUGGUUUAUAUCCUCUUUCAGGACUUGUGUCCUUUUGCCUGAAAAAAGAAUUAUAAUUUCUUUUAGAUAGGGUCUUCUGUAGCUUUGCUUGGCUUAAAAGUUCAUCUAUUGUGGAGGAUAACUUUGAAUUCCUGAUCAUCUUGUCUUUACCAAGCCUGGGAUAUUUUAUUUUAUUUUAUUUUUUGGUUUUUCGAGACAGGGUUUCUCUGUGUAGUUUUUGGUUCCUGUCCUGGAUCUCACUCUGUAGACCAGGCUGGCCUCGAACUCACAGAGAUUCGCCUGGCUCUGCCUCCCGAGUGCUGGGAUUAAAGACAUAUGCCACCACCACCACCACCACCACUGGCCAGCACCUGGGGUAUUUUAUAAAUACUCAGGAAAAUACAAUGAUACCUGGUAUCUGCCAUAAUGGGCAUGGCCUAGUAAAGGAAGUGCAGUUUCCGAAUUAGCCUGCAUUAAGUUCAUUUGGAUGGUGUGAAGUCUUCACAGAGUUAGGUCUUGGUAGAUGCUGUGUUAAAAUGCAAGCACCGUGUAAAGCCUGUGGGGGAAAAGGAAAUGACAGUAGUUCUGUGCAAUCUGAUGGUAAGGUGUGGGAAAUUGUGUAAUACUCAACAGGUCCCAUUAGAAAGUAAUAGCAUGGGGCUGGAGAGAUGGCUCAGAGGUUAAGAGCACUGGCUGUUCUUCCAGAGGUCCUGAGUUCAAUUCCCAGCAACCACAUGAUGUUUCAUAACCAUCUGUAAUGAAAUCUGGUGUCCUCUUCUGGCCUGCAGGGAUGCAGGCAGAACACUGUAUGCAUAAUAAAUAAAAAAAGUAAUAGCAGCUAUUGAGAAGCAAAAUAAAAAGACUGACUUAUUUU